GAGUAGUGACCGAAGCGUCUCUUGUAUCGAUUCCAGUUCCGUUUGGGCGCCAAAAAGUUUCCAGGUUUUCAUUUUUCCCUCUCUCUCUCUCUCUCUCUGAUUUUUUCUCUAUAUAUAGUUCGUUCUGCUUCUGCGUUUUCAAAUCCAAUAACUCCUCACAUAACGUUACACACACAGCGACUCUUAGAACUUUCGAGAAAUGUCUGGAACUACCGGAAAGGGGAAGAAGAGGGACGAACACGACACCACUUCCGACGGCGACGCUGAAACUCACGCGCCUCCCAAGAAGUCUAUCAAGAAGGACUCCGACAAGGAUAGUCCUGGUGACAUCUUCGUAGCAGAGCUUUCCAAGAACAGGAAGGUUUCUGUGAGGAUCUGGCAGGGUAAGGUUUGGGUAGACAUUCGUGAAUUUUACGAUAAAGAUGGCAAGCAAUGUCCUGGCAAAAAAGGUAUCUCAUUGAGCAAGGAUCAGUGGAUUGUGCUUCGUGAUCACAUUUCAGAAAUUGACAAGGCAGUCCAAGAUUGAGAAACUGUGCACCAAGCGGAAUUACAAGUCCAAAUACUAUCUGUGUGGGCUUGUUUAGUUUUUUCUUUUUUUGAAUCAUUAGAAGAUUAGACAUGGUCAUAUGAUGUAUUAGCCUAUUAGGGCAUGAAAACCUUUGGAUCUUAGUGCAUAUUUGUUUUCUGUUUGGUGAAUCUUGACUGUACGUCAAGGUCUAAACUUUAUUUCGUAGCUUCCAUGAAAGCCUGUUGGUUGGGCAUUGAAAUGUGCAUCCAAACAUAUGGUUACCAGUGCAUGUAAAGAAAGUGAUGAUCAGUUGACAUAGUAGUUCUGUUAUUAACUAGCUUAUAUCCUGAAA